CUGCCACGUCAUCGUGCAGAUUCGACGACCGCGGCCGCUUGCAGCUUUGGUCAAUCCAUGGGCAUGGACUGCCUCGAAACCCGCGGAGUCAAAAGGCCGAUACCAUCUCGCCGCUCAACGGAGCCUGCGCUGACGAGCUGUCCGUGGCAUGGCAUUCCGAAGGCGAUAUGCGAGCAACUCGUACGGCGUCGUUCGAAGUGCACGUCGAAAUCAAUCUCGCCGGUGAUCGGCCUCGCCACGAGCUCAGUUUUCAAUUGGCCUUGAUGUCCUUGCUCGAGAACGUCGCCGCCGGCUUGCGCAAAGCAGCCUCCGGGCAGCUCGACCUCCACGACAUGCUUUCGUCGAGUCGCAGCGGCAACGAAGCGCCGUCGGGGCCACCCGCCUUUAGCGGCUACGUGCGCAAGCAAGGCAGCUUUGUCAAGAACUGGAAGCGGCGCUACAUGGUGCUGCACGACGACACGCUCUUCUACUACGUCUCGGAGCGCGCGACGACCAAGCCGCGCGGCUUCUUCCGCGUCACAGGCAUCGCGUAUGCGCCGGACCUGCCGCAUGGUCUCAUCGCCGACGGCACGGGCACGCGCCGCCUCAAGUUUACGCUCGCCGACAACGACGAGUGCGACGCAUGGUACGACACCCUCUCCGAGCGCCUACACCGCACCGGCCUAGAGCGCGCGCAGAGCGUGCCCUCGGGGGGUGCGAGCCCGCCUGGUGUGUGGCACAAGGCCAUGUCCGAAGGCAGUGGCGCCGCCGCCUUUGGCCGACUCGCUCGCCACGCAGCGGCCAAUACGAACCUCAAGCACGUCGAGUCGGCGGCGACGCUCGUGAGUCCCGAGCUCGGCGCAGCUGUACACGAAGCGGCACCUGUCUUGCGCCAAGGACAAAAGCUGCUUCGGCAACACGAAAAGAAGUCGACACGAAGCGCCGCCAAGCAGCCUCGCCGCGCCAACAAGCGGGCCGAGGCCGAGGCCGACGACGAGGCGGAUGCCAGCCCCGCGAGCGAUGCGGAUGUCGCCGCCGACGACGGUGCAGACAGCGAAGACGAGAGCAUUAGCAGCCAUCCUUAAGACAAAGUCCAUACAUACAUAUUUGAAGAAUUGGCUGGCGCCACGUUGACAC